CCCGGUUCGGGGGCGCGCCCGGCCCGCCGCAGAAGAGCUAGCGCUAGGCUCGUGUGCCCGGGCGCCCAGCUCUGGAAACCGCGCUGCCGCGCAUCGCCGGUGCUGGGGGCGCCCCGACACAAAGGCUGGUGGGAUGUGGAAGCAAAUGGGGAACCGACAAAGGGAAACCGAAAGCCGCGGGCCCGGCUGGUGACGGAGUGAAGGCGCUGCGCAGCUCUCCCGACGCCGGCGGUACCCGGGCCUGCUGGUGCCGCAGCCAUGGCCAUUGCCCACCUGGCCACCGAGUACGUGUUCUCGGACUUCUUGCUGAAGGAGCCUUCGGAGCCCAAGUUCAAGGGGCUGCGGCUGGAGCUGGCCGUGGACAAGAUGGUCACUUGCAUCGCCGUGGGACUGCCUCUGCUGCUCAUCUCGCUGGCCUUCGCGCAGGAAAUCUCGAUCGGUACACAAAUAAGCUGUUUCUCCCCAAGUUCUUUCUCCUGGCGUCAGGCUGCCUUUGUGGAUUCUUACUGUUGGGCUGCCGUCCAGCAGAGGGACUCCUUGAAGGGAGAUUCUGGAAACCUUCCACUGUGGCUGCAUAAGUUCUUCCCCUACAUCCUGCUGCUGGUUGCGAUUCUCCUGUACCUGCCCUUUCUGUUCUGGCGUUUCACAGCUGCUCCUCACCUCUGCUCAGAUCUGAAGUUUAUCAUGGAAGAACUUGACAAAGUUUACAACCGCGCAAUUAAAGCCGCGAAGAGUGUGCGUGACCUGGACGUGACCAACGGUGCCUGCCCGGGUCCGGGGGUUAGCGAGAACGUAGGGCAAAGUCUGUGGGAGAUAUCUGAAAGCCACUUCAAGUACCCCAUUGUGGAGCAAUACUUGAAGACAAAGAAAAACUCCAAUAAUUUAAUUGUCAAGUACAUCAGCUGCCGGGUGCUAACACUCACAGUUAUACUGUUAGCGUGCGCGUACCUGGGCUAUUACUUUAGCCUCUCCUCCCUCUCAGAUGAAUUUGUCUGCAGCAUCAAAUCAGGGAUCCUGAGAAAUGACAGCACCGUCCCUGAUCGGUUCCAGUGCAAACUCAUCGCGGUCGGCAUCUUCCAGUUGCUCAGCUUCAUUAACCUCAUGGUUUAUGUUCUGCUGGCUCCCGUGGUUGUCUACACGCUGUUUGUCCCGUUCCGACAGAAGACAGAUGUUCUCAAAGCGUAUGAGAUCCUGCCCACGUUUGAUGUCCUGCAUUUCAAGUCUGAAGGGUACAACGACUUGAGUCUCUACAAUCUUUUCUUGGAGGAGAAUAUAAGUGAGCUCAAGUCAUACAGGUGUCUUAAGGUACUGGAGAACAUUAAAAGCAGUGGUCAGGGUAUCGACCCAAUGCUUUUCCUGACCAACCUCGGCAUGAUCAAGACAGAUGUUGUUGACGGCAAAAAACCCAAGCCUGCAGACGCGAUGGGAGAGGAGCCGGGGAACCAAAUGGCAGAGCUCAAAGAUUUGAAUGUACAUAAUGAAACUAAAAGAAAUAAUGGUGAGAAGAAUGCUCGACAGAGACUUCUAGAUUCUUCUUGCUGAUGACUUUUUUUCCUUGAACCUCAGUCCUGUGACCUCUAUGACAUGGGAUUCAUUUUGGUGAAGCACCUCUGGGUUCCCAGCCGGUGUGGUGUGCAGCAGGUGGUCCUUGGGAGAGAGACGAUCGUGUUGAAUCCCUAGUGCAAAUGACGGUCAGCAACACGUUGUGGAAGGACGUGUUGGAAGAAGAACAGCGUGCUUCGUGAUCUUGCUAUGCGAUGGGUAAACCACGGUGUCUGUCUGCGGAAGUCCUCAUCAAGAGAAAACGGGGAAGACUCAUCGGGCCUCUCAGUGCCUCACAGGAACAUGGGGUCUGUGGAGAUGGUGGGAUGGAACUCAGAGCUACUAGAGAGCAAGGACUUCAGAUUUUUCUGUUUUAUGAAAUAAUCACAAACAUAUCAGGACAUAAUUUAAUAUGAAUCUCUAUGUGUCCUCAAUGACUGAUGGACAAAAAAAGCCUGCACUGGCUGACUGUGGACCCAGCGGACCAGCUCUUGAUGGCCCCUUAAAUGGGGAACAGUGCUGGUGCCUCGGUUCAUGUUCACCCAGCCUCUCUCCGCACUGCUGCUUGUCGGCCUUGGCUCACUGAAAUCCUCCAACCACUAUUUGUCAUACUCUGCUGUGAAGGGCAGCAGGCCCAGGCUCUGCCCUGCUGAAAAUUUAGUUGAGAUAGAGUCUAACAGUUAUUUAAUUGUGAUCUCUGUUCAGGAAAGUUUGCUUCCAAAAGCACCCAGUGGAGAAAUCUGAACAUACAACAGAUUAAUGCAGGUACUUUCCAAGGGAUUUUCUGUAGGGCAUUCCCUGGUUAUCAAAAGCAUUUGAAA